UCCUUCACCAUUCUCCUUGCCUAGUCCUGUCUGUGUUUGAUACUCUGUUGCUGACUUACUGCCUGGCCCCACUACGAUUCUGGGUGGACCAAAACUUCUCCUCACUGUCAAGCGUAACCAGAGAGUCAAUGAAUGAGUACCUGCAAUUCAGACCUGACCAAUCAGUACUCAUUCUGUAUGCCAAAGUUGCUCAGAAGUCCUACGGCAAUGAGAAACGAUUCUUCUGCCCUCCUCCAUGUGUGUAUCUCUGUGGGACAGGAUGGAAUCUUAGACAAGAACAUCUGAAAGCUAUAGGUCAUGGAGAGUCUAGCUGUCGUCUGUGUGGGUAUAUGGGUCUGGACAGCUCCCCUGGGCCACAGACAGACAGCUUCAAGCUGAGCUUUGAGGAACAAACAGAAAAAAGGAUGUUUGCCUGUGCUAAGACUCUAUACAUUUCAGAUACGGAUAAGAGAAAACACUUUCGUUUGAUGCUUCAUUUGUUCCAAAGUGGAGGUCAAGAGAUCGGCUCCUUUCAAAGUGGACUCAUUAAAGUCAUCUCUAAACCCUCACAGAAGAGACAGUCUAUGAAGAAUGCAGACUUGGAGGAGCAGCAAGCUGACCAUGGUGACUACUCUGUGUGUGACAGUUACAUCUGUUAUGGCUGUGUGGUUCAGCUUGUUUGCACCAAUUCAGGAGUUGCGCUGCCACCCAUGGUCAUUCGGAAGGUGAACAAACAGCAUGUGUGUCUGGAUGUGGAUGAACCGGUGUCCCAGCUUCAUAAAUGUGCCUUUCAGUUCCGAGACAGCAAGCACAUGUACCUCUGCCUGUCCAAUGAAAAAAUCCUACAAUACCAGGCCUCUCCCUGCCCGAAGGAGAGCAGUCGAGAGCUGCUGAAUGAUGGCUCCUGUUGGACUAUAAUUGGCACAGAGGUCGUGGAGUACACCUUCAGUGAGAGCCUCAGCUGCAACCCAACCACUGUCAGCCCUGUGCCGGUCAUUCAGGGACUGGAGUUGAAUGGAGGAGGCCAUGUGGCCAUGUUAGAACUUCAUGGAGAGAACUUCAGCCCUCACCUAAAGGUCUGGUUUGGAAACAUGGAGGCUGACACAAUGUUCAGGAGUCCCCGAUCUCUGUUGUGUGUUGUCCCUGACAUUUCAGUCUUCAGUGGGGAGUGGAGGUCGCUCAGGCAGCCAGUCACUGUCCCCUUAUCAUUGAUCCGAAUGGACGGACUGAUCUACCGGAGCUCCUUUACAUUUACCUAUACACCAGAGCACAGUGCCACCUCUCAGCUGUGCACCACCAUCGACAGAGUCCCCAACUCAGACAUGCUGAUUGACACCAUACACCAGGAGUUCACCAGGAGUAACUUUCACCUGUUCAUGCAGAGCUGACACAGUCACACCAGUCACAAAGUCAUCAUUUUCUGCUUAAAAGGAAAUAACUGGCCUAUCACUUUUAAUUGGUUUAUUAUUGCUGAUAAAUGUAUGACAACCAGUGUUGGAAGGAUUACUUUAAAAAUUUAUUUGAUAACA